GAGGUCAUGAAAAGGUCCUUUAACAUUGUAGGCCUCUUCUGAUUAGUGUACAGGCAUUUACGCGGCACGCCUAUCGCUCCGUUGUAAGUCAACGAUAGUCAAUUAGUCAAAUUCUUUGCAUCAAAGCUUUCCAGUGAAACCAAAGAUGGCUGCUUUCCGUCAUAUUUUCAACACAACAACUCGUGGUGCAGGUCGUAGAUUGUUCAGCUCCCAAAGUGGUAAAGCCAGUUCAAGUCGUAAACUUGCUGUUGGUGCUCUCUCUGCUAUUACUGCAGCAGGAGCUGCAUAUGGAGUACAUACAUUGUAUCACAAACCAGAGAUUUUAUCAAAUGUUCACCUUAUUGACACAGUGAGUGCGGCAACAGUUGGCUCACCACAACCUUCAGUGAUCUCCGAGACCAAGAACCAUGCUGUGUAUAUAUGGAUUCAUCUAAAACCGACAGCUAAUGCCAAACUAUGUGCCAAAGUAGUUUCCAAUAUGAAAUUCCAUGUGGAUGCUGUUGUACCACCAGAUAUGAAAGAUGAGGAAGAUGAAGUCAUUGCUGGUGUUGCCUUUGGACCAAACUUUUAUGCUAAGGUUGCAGAUAAGCCUAGACACAACUUUUCUUACCAUGAGCGUAAAGGCCCUCUCGGUGAGCUGCCAAGUUCAGGUGGAGACAUUUUCAUCCAUGCCAAGAGUAACACGUUCAGUAAACUGUAUGAACUGACACAGCGCAUAGUCUACCAUCUACCACCAGGCUCUAUUGAAAGUAUAGAAGACACAUAUGGAUGGGUCUACAGGAAUGGCAGAGAUCUUACAGGAUUCAUUGAUGGGACUGAAAAUCCUGCCGAUGAUGAGAGCAGAUAUAAUGUGGCAGUAGAUAAGGAGAGUGGUGGAAGUUACUUGAUUACCCAGAAGUGGGUUCAUAACCAUGAACCAAUCAGAAUAGAAAAAAAUAAAAUCAAAGAAUUGUUUGUUGGUCGUAGUAUUACUGAUAGCACUGAGCUGUCUCGUAAACCACCGAUGUCUCACGUUGCCCGUAUGACUGGUGGUAAUGCUUUUCAGCAACCCAAGAAAUUUGAAAUAGUACGUCAGUCCCAACCCUGGGGUUCAGUGUCUGGAGACUCUGGACUUUUUUUCAUAGCAUAUGCUGCAUCACCUGAGAAUUUUAAUUACAUGCUGGAUAGGAUGGUUGGUGCAGACAAAGAUGGUUUCUCUGAUGACAUUAUGAGACUGACCAAGUGUGUGAAGGGUACAUAUUGGUAUGUUCCAUCGGAACAAGAAAUGGCAAAGCUGAAAUAAACAUUAUGCAUACAGUCACAAUUGGUGAAGGAGCUCAAAAUUGUGUAUUUGUAUUUGCACUAUAACCUAGUAUCAUUGAUGGGACAAGACAAAAUAUAACUUACUUUCAUUGUAGUCAUACAUCAGUUACCGGAAUGAAAGAUAUGUUGAGGAUAAUUUAGAACUAUAAUUCUUCUAUUGUUAGUUAAUGACAUGAUAAAUAAAAUUGUAGAUUUAUUAAAAAUGAUGCAAUAAUACCAGUCAUACAUUGAACUUAUUUCUUUGCCUAGACUAGACUAGACAAUGCUUAACUAAAAAUUCAAUUUUUUUCAUCGCAUUUGAUAAUUUUCAGUCAUAAUGUUUGUAUUUUGAGAAUAGGUGAUGACAUGUUUGAAAGUAAGGUUUUGUCUGAAAAUGAUUUCCUGUUAUGUAUCAAUUUCAUCAGUGUGUCAUUGUGGUCUGCGUACUCACUUAUGCUUCCAAAGAUGUGAUAAUAUUCAUUUGCAGUGGAUGUUUGCAUCUACAUAUUUCAUUUAAUAACAGACAUUUAGCAAUUAUGUAA